CAGUCUCUGGGGGAAGCUGGGUGCUGAGGUUGGAAUCAAGUCCCACUGAAUGGUUUUUGUGUGUUUGUGGGCCAUUAAAACUCUGUCCAGGAGACUCCAAAAUGAAAAAAUCCCAUUUGAAAUAAAUGCAUUUAGCUGUGCUCUGUGGUCAGCUACAGAAUGUAACUUUGAAAGUGGUUUUGAUUGGUUCUCUUUCCUUGGGGGAAGGAAGCGAGGGGUUCCCUGUGUGUCUUGUAGGCUGCUUUGUAUCAUCAGGCAUUGGUCUGAGUGAGCUUCUGUGUGGUUCAGUGUUGGUAAAGCAAUGCUAACUUUGUUAGAUAAGGCAAAGCAUGCAGGCAACGUAGACAUGCUAGCAGUCCCUGUCGCCAGAAUAACUGAUGGCACUUAGCAAUGCUGUUCGCUGAGAGAUUAAACCCAGGCUGGAUGGGGAGAAGCUGUGCAGAUAAUUCCAAAUAGAUUCCCGGGGUGAAUUACCGCUUGGCUGCCUUCCUCACCUCCUCAGUUCUCAGCCUGGUGUGCCAGCAAACAUUUUAAGAUAGCUGUGCUGUGUUUGCUCCUCGAAUUGUCUGGCUGUGUAACAGGCUCUCCAGAUAAACACGGCUAAUCUCAGGGUUUUUGCUCAACAAGGAUUGCUUUGUGUUUUAAUCAUCCUGAAUAGGUUGUUGUGCAGGGCCUCGUCCUGCGGUCCUUUUUAGUUGUGAGUGGUUGCACGACAACAGCUCCACUAAGCAAAUGAUUGAUGAUAAUAAUCAUUGCCAGUGAAAAAUUGCACGCGUUUUAAGGAGAUUAGGAAAUAACAACAUGGAAAACAGGGCUGUUUAAAGCAUGAGGAUGUGCUAACCGGAACAAAUAUGAACGGGACGCGUGGGAAACUGCGGGCACACUGAUUAAUUAGCGGCUAUACAGCCAGGCUGGGCCGAACCAUCCCGACGACGUGAAGCUUUAAACCGGGCCCGACCGCAGCACCGCCCCAACACUGCUCUUCCGGCCUCUCCGAACCGCCUCUCCCCGCUGCUGUCAACGGGAAGGGCGUGAGGGAGCGGGGCGGGUCCGGAGGCGGAUCCUGAAGUGAAAAGGGGCGGCCUGAGGGGCGGAGGCGGCCAUGGCGGAGGCGGAGAGGGCCGCAGGGAGCCCCCCCGGCGCCGUGCAGGUGUCAGUCAUUGUGCCUGUUCACAACAGCGAAUGUUGGCUGGAUGAAUGCUUAAAGUCAGUUUGGGAACAGGAUUUUAAACAAACCAUGGAGCUGUCAAUCUUUAAUGAUGCCAGUAAGGAUGGUUCAGCUGAAAUCAUUGCAAAAUGGAAGAUUAAGUUGGAAGAUGCUGGUGUUCCAGUAAUUGUUGGUAGUAAUGAUUCAGCUCAGCCUCGAGGAGUUGGAUUUGCUAAAAAUCAAGCAAUAAUGCAAAGCUCAGGAACCUAUCUCUGCUUUCUGGAUUCAGAUGAUGUGAUGAUGCCACAGCGGGUCAGACUGCAGCACGAAGCUGCCAUUCAACACCCAAACAGUAUUAUUGGUUGCCAAAUCAGAAGAGAGCCACCAGAGUCUACUGAACGGUAUACUCGUUGGGUCAAUAAUCUGACUGAAGAGCAGCUUCUUACACAGGUGUUUACCUCCCAUGGGCCUACAGUCAUCAUGCCAACCUGGUUCUGUUCUCGAGAAUGGUUUUAUCAUGUAGGAAAAUUUGAUGAGGGUGGAAAGGGUGUUCCAGAAGAUUUGUUGUUUUUUUAUAAACAUCUCCAAAAGGGUGGUGAAGUCCUUCGAGUGAACCAUUGCCUUCUGCUGUACCGUUACCAUCCACAGGCUGCAACUCAUUCCGUCCUCGAGGAAACCAUCUGGAAUCACCGAGUCAAGUUUCUUGAGGACAGAGUCCUGAGCUCCUGGGCAUCGUUCACCAUUUGGAAUGCUGGCAAGCAAGGCAAGAAGCUCUACAGGAGUUUGUCACCAGCUAAUCGGAAAAAGGUGACUCAUUCAGAACUUCACUUCCUGUUCAGCAAACACAAUGAUAAUUUGAAGAUACAGAGAAGAUAAAAAGGGCAAGAGAAAAACAGUGGGUUUUGUGCUGUUUAGCUGCUGAAAGAUUAAAGCUUGCCUCUCCUUCAGCAAAGAACAGCUUUUAAUUCUCUACUAUGCUAGCAGUGACAGUGUGGUUCUAAUUAACUGGAUUUUGAUAUUCAUUCCAGCUGACCCUUACUUAACAUCUGCUUUGGCAGUGUUGCAGGCCAUGAUAUUGUUUCUGACAAUGUUAUAGUUAAACAUACUGUAGUUUGCUUUAGUUUGAUACUGAACUAUUGCAUAGAGCAUUAGCUCAUCAAUUACUGGCUAUAGCACCCAGAUGUGUUUAGCAAUAGCUAAACAUGCCAGCUGCAAGUGUACAUGCCAAAUGUGAAUGUACUCCAGAAAACUACUGCUACAAUAUAGUCACAGCCUGGUCCUUAAUAUCUUCUUAAGGUUUGAUUACCCAAUAGUAGCAAGUCCAGCAUGUUGCCUACAGAUAAUAUUCAGAGGCUUUCUUAAAGGUCAACAAAAAUAAAUAGCUUCAGAAAGUGGCUUAUGGUCAUCCUAAGUGAAGUCAGAGGUCUUUCCUUUACAUACUUUCUGAUGAAAUUAUUAUCUGUAGUGAUUAAAACUGGUUUUAUGUUGUUCAGGCUUAUUCAUAGCUUUCCUAAAAGUGAAUAUCCUUCCCAGCCAGCAAUAAAGCUUAAAAGAUAUCCUGAUGUUUCUUAGUUAGUCACCAGCAAAAGUCUGUCUGUGCAAUUAGAACAUCUCACUUCUCCAAAUGCUACCUAAAGGGUUAUGCUGCUGUGGUUUCAAGAACUAAAUUCAUAAAAUUUGUAAUAUAAUUCAUAUAAAUUAUUGUUCUAAACUAAUAACAGUAAAAAGAGGCCAGUUAAACUUCAUACUAUAAAAAAGAGGUGUUUGGGGGCCUAAUCCUCAACUCUUGCCAAAGACUAAAAUCCCAUAGAAGUAAAGGUGGAAAAUAGCUGUUGCUUUAUCCUGUCCCUCCCUUAAGGACCAGUAUCAUACUUCUCUCUCUCUCUCUCCCUCUCUCUCUCUCUCUAAAGGUUAUUUUAGCAAAAGAUAAGCUUUCAGGUAUUCUGUUAAUAAUGAGAAUAAUAGAGAUAGAGAUACUAGCUGUCAAGAGAUCUUUACUCCCAGCUGAAGUGUUGCCAGCAGCUUUGGGCCCCCAGCAGAAGAAGGGCAUAGAGCUGUUGGGUUCAGAGGAGGCCAUGAGGAUGCACAGAGAGCUGGAGCAUCUCUUGUAUGGCAGCAGGCUGAGAGCUGGGGGUGCUCAACCUGGUGGAGAGAAGGCUCCAGGGAGAACUUACUGAGGCCUUGCAGCCCAUAGAAGACUCUUUGUUGGAGGGUGUUGUGACAGGACAAGGAGCAACAGAUCUAAAAAUGGGAAAUUUAGGUCAGAUGUGAGGCAGAAGGUCUUUAUUCAGAGGGUGCUGAGGCCCUGGCACUGCAGCCUGGAGAACCUGAGGGUGCUUAAGAAGGGGAGCAGCCAGUCUGUAGCUGGGGUUGGGGCUGGGUGGGCUAAAGGUCCCUUCCAACCCAAACCAUGCUGUGUAGUUCUAUGAUCUACAAAUAGGAUCUGUUAUUGUACAGUUACUGCGUUCUCCUCUGAAAAUCCAUUUCUGAAUGUGACCUUUAUAAAGCAAUGUGCUCCUAAAAGGUCUCUAAUACACUCUGAAAUGCAGGUCAGAUUGCCAAAGCACGCUGUAGAAUUCAGCUGUCUAAAUUUAAUUUCAUGUUUUACACUCUAAGCCAGUUGUGGAGAUCUCACUUCUGCUCUGUUUCAUGGUUGCUGCAUCUUUUUAUUGAGAUUCAAAAUCUCAUUAACAGUCAUGAGGCUGAUUUCAGUCGGGAUGUGGAGUCACAGUAGGAUCUUUUCCUAAAUUGGGAAUAUCUGUAUGAAAUGUAGGGUGCAUACACUGAAAGAAAUAAUAAGAACGAACAUUUCUGGGGUUUUUACAGCGCCAUAAACGAAGCAGCUCUAUUUCUAAUGCGGACUUGUUUUUUUGUGGAGUGUUUGGGGUGGAGGGAAGAAGAGCUGCAUGCCAAACAACAGCGUUUUACAGGAAACAAAAUGUUGGCAAUGCUGGGAAGCAGCAGUCUUUGUUUGUGCUCAAUAACACAUGAUGACUGCAGUCUGUUUGUCCGUUAGAAUUAUGGCUGUAUCAAAGGAGAAAAGGACACCUAGGCUAUAUUCUGUCUUUCCCUUUAGACGUCUGUGUGGUGAGUAGUAAAUUAAUGCCUUUUUUCCAGAGUGUUCAGGCAAAGAUCCAAGGUUUGGUAUUUUUACUAAACAGUAACACAAGGAAAAAAAUUAUUCCACUAGUUGGGUUUAAUUUAUGAAUUAAUUACCAGGAUCUCAGUAUUCUUAGGGAAAUUCUGUUUCCUGUCUGUCCCCUUCUUGAUUCACACAGUUGACAGUGGUUUAGUAUUAGCAUUUCUGCAAGACUGAAGUCGAACAGACCUUUUUUUGUUUAAAACACAUCCGUCUUGUCUAUAAUUUGCAGCUGAAGAUGGAAACCAAAUGUUUUUGGGACACUCCAUAUGCCUGGAGGGGUUCUGAGCUGUCUUGUCCACUCUUUUAUUCUCCGUCAAACUUCUUUUUUAGCUAAAAGGAGAACUUGAGCAUUAACGUUUGUGUCAUUUCCGACUGCUGAAAAUAGUUCAAGUAGUGAUCAGAAAAGGACAAAAUAAGCAUCAUUUAAUUGGUGGCAUGGAAGCACUACUUGUACACACCCAGCCUAUGAAAUUUCUGUAUCCUAUCCACCACCAGCCAAAUUGAAAGCUUCAAGGAAGGAUUUUGUACACACUCUUUCGUAGCCCAUUAACCAUUUAAAACCAUCUGUAACCAGACCUCCCAAAAGCAAGAAAUGCUUAAGGUUUGUGGAAUAUGUGGGGUAUGUGAAUGACAAUAUGAGAGAAUGAAGUGGGGAAUGCUCAAAUCAAGGGAAGAAUAUUGCACCUAUCUUUACUGUGGAGCACAAGAUAGGAAGCCAGUAAAAGAGAGCUCGCAGAGCAAAGGGAGACAGAUGGACUUGUGUCAUAGAGAAAUGAGACUUGCAAGUAGUUCCCAUGGUAUUAUGUCUAAAUGCAGCUGUAUUUUGUAUGUUGUAAGGGGAAUUCUGUAUGUUCAAUGCUUAGAAGCUAAUUUUGCGUGUUGGAUUCUGGCAUGAAAAUUGUUUUCAGCAAGUUGGGUGUGUAGAUGUGUAAAGAGGGAAGAUGAUGUUGUCCUUAAUGGAGUAGUGUCUUUAAAUGGAUACAUGACAUUGGCAAUUUAGAGACACUUAGCUUUUGUUGUGGCAUGAUGCUGACUGGGUGAAAUAAAAGCAACAUCCUGAUACUGAAAUCAAGUCAGACUGUGACAGAGAAUUGCUUGUUGUCUUUGUGGUUCCCCUUAUGGCAUACUGGAGAUGUUUCUGCCUCUGCAUGCCCCUUUGUCUGUUUGUCAUUACUUGUAUCUAUUUAAACUUACAUUAUAAUGCUUUCCAUUGCUUUGUUUUGACAUGGAUGGCCAAAAUUGAAUUAACAUUUGCAGAGAUGUAUAUUAACGUGCUUCCGAGGCUUUAUACAAGUAUGAGUGAAAGAAUUAUAAAUAGCAGGCUCAGGAAGGUCAGUAGAAGUUUAAAAUGCAUGGAGGGCUGUGUGAGCAGGAGGAGACAGAGAGAGAAUGCAAUAGAGAAGAUCUGCACAUGUAAGAUGUUUUUUAGAGAGCUGUUCAGACUGUUGUUUGUUAAGAUAUUCUAUGAGACAAGAGAUGUAAUCAGGAGGAACAGGACAAUGUGCAAUUGACCGUAUAUCAAAAGGGUUGUCCUUUUUCUUGUCGCAGUCUAUUAACAUGUUCCCUCUGUGUUAAACUUCCCUCUCAGAUCCUUCUGUAACACAUCUUCAGAAUUUUCUGUGAUUUGGUUUCAUUGCUGUCUGUCAGUGAUCAGUACAGGCUUAAAGCCAUCUCACAGGUGAAAAUAAGAUGAAACUCUAGGAAUAUCAUUCACCAUAAGAGAACAGUAUUAGGCUGAUUAAUUUUUCUAGAUUUUCCAUUAGAAAAUGUGAAUAGAAUGGGAAUUAGGAAGAAACAUCGUCUUGGGAAGCCAAGCGGGCAGUAAGUAGAUCGAGCAUGAAACAAAUCGCGUAUAAUGGUAACCCAGUUCAAACAGCAAGAUAAUUACAGUUGUACCUUAAGCCCACUCUUACCAACUUCUUAGGUUGUGCAUGUGGAGCAGGAUUAAUCUCCUGCCCAUUAAUCUCCUUUAACCAGGGAGGUCUGAUAGUCCAAGCCUGUGUGUCCCUUUGCACAGCUGCUGUGUUUACUAAAAGGAACCAGCCAGAGGCAUGCUUUUAUCUUCCCCAGUUUUUUUUUCCCCUAGAUUUGAGUAAAUAACAGAUCUUUAGAGACAUAUAAAUGUUCUCUUAGGAAGGAAGAAGCUGUUUCUCCAUUCCCUUUACACUGCUGCUAAUGUGCGUUACAUACUAUAGCUAUUACAUGUAGUAAUUAUGUAGUUUGUGUAUAACAAAUAAUAGCUCUCUUCUCAUUUUUAAUUGAGAAAAGCAGGAGUGUUUUUUGUUCUGAAACUGUACAGGUUUGUGUGUUGCUGAAAACAGAAAUGCAUAAAUACUUAUGUAUUUCCUUAAAACUGAUGUGUGACCUGAAGGCACAGUAAGCUUCAGUGAUGCCAUGGUGCCAGUUGCACUGCAGGUCAGUUAUUUUGCUGGGAGAAUGAGAAAUAAAUAAAGUUUGAGUCUGUUUUGUAGUUUUAUAGUUGAUAAUUUUCCCCCUAGAAGCCAGUAGCUCUUGUAUGGGUAGACAGACUUCAUAAGAGAUGCAAGAUAUUGGUUCUUUGUACUUGAAGUUGUUGCUUGUCUAACCCAACCUUACAUCAGCCACAGAGACUUUGUACAAGGUCUUCUAGCUUCCAAGUACUUCCUGCACUCCCUCUAUUUCCAUCAUGAAGUCUGAAGCUGGUCUGUGUCCUUAGUGUGACCCCUGCACCAGGAGCACCCAGAGCAGCAGCCUGGAUCUGCUGGCCUGAAACAUGAUUCAGCUUCUCCUGCAGCUCCAAAGUGAAAAUGUAAUGUUUCCUUAACAUUCUUUUCUUCAGUGGUGAACUAAUAAAAACUGCGGAAGUUCAGCAUUAGGACACUAAUGCUGUUGUAUCAGUGUCCCCUAUUGUGCAAACAGAAUGAGGUCAUUUCAGGUGAAAUAAAGCUAUCUUAUGCAAAGAAGGAAAAUGGGAGUGAUAUUCAUGUAGGUUCUGAAAUAAAUCCAGCCUUCUGCAGCUUCUCUAACUUAGUAAAUUAAUAUACAGCUGUUUGGCUAUUCAGAUUUUCCCAAUGUUAAGUGUUGUUAAUCAAUUUUUAAUGCGACGAUUAAAAGAUAGGAAAGCUGCUACCCAGCUUUCACCAGAACAAUUGAUUUCUGCAAGACCUCAAAUACCUUCACUGUUCUGCUUCAGUGUAAGAGUUCUGUGCAGAUGAUGCAAAUAGAUCCAAAGGAAGUCAGAGGAAAAUGUAGCUACGCUUGUUUAAAAGUCCUACAAAAUGUUACUGACUAAUAAAUGGGUCCAAAGUGAGGCCACCGUGUGUUUUGGAUUGCAGGCAUUUAUUAUGCCCUAUGGGGAACGCAGGUUAAAAAAUGUGAACUAUUUGGCAGCAAGGGCUACAAAUGAUGCCUCCAUAACUACGUUAAGAACAACAAAAACACAGCAGUGACUGUAUGUAUUUAAACAACAAAAUCUGCUGGAGUUUUUAGUUGAUAAAUAAAGUCUAAAGAGCAGAUUUGGGGUGGUGUGGCUGAGAGCUGAAGCUGGUAUUACCAGAGCAUCCAUAGCAGCAGGGCAGCACUGUGGUAUCAUGUAGUUGGUGAUAAUCUGCUCAGGGCCAACUGCAAACGUUGCCUCUCUCACUGAGAUAUACAUGGAAAUGAUUUAGUAUGUUUUAAUCUCCAUAGGAAGAGCAUGGUGACCAAGUGUAAUACCUGCUGAUAGCAAAGAAUGGCAUUAAAACGUGCUGGUUCUCU